GGGCCCUACGGACGGACGGACGCUGGAUUCAAACACAGGCCACAGCAGCGUCCUACUCAGAUUUCAGACUCUCUUUGCCUCUGCAGCGCCUCCUUCUUCCCAGAAACAUCUGGCUGCAGCGCCCGUGACCUCCCAUGUAGCCCCUCCAUCACUCCUGGCACUGCCAGGCCACCUCCAGCGGGCCCAGACCUGCAUGGGCCUGGGCAACGCUUACAAAUCUCCAGCCAGGGGGCGGAGAAAUCCCCAUUCCCCGCAGGCGCCCCGUGAGCGUGAGCGCCAGGCGCGCCCUGGCACUAGGACCCUGCAGACAGGCGCCCGAGCCUGCGCUCUGAGGACAGAGAUGCACCAUUUCCCAACUUCGGCAAGAGCCCAGCAGCCAACAAAGCCACAGUCACCUCGGGGGCCGCCACUCCGGGGGCUCACCAGACCCUGCCCCAAGGCAGAGCUUUCCUCCCUCGCCCUCUUUAAAUCCACCUGCCACCAGAUCAGAUGGAGGACACUCAUCUCCAGUCACCACCACGCAAAGUCGUCUCCAUGGCAACGGCAGAGGAAGGACACAGCACGAUGCUCCAGCGCUGCAGCAGGCAAAGCCCAAAACUCCAAGUGGUCCCGGCCGCCAGAAGUCACGCCCUCAACCCACCCUCGGCGCCAUCUUGCCACAAUCAACAGAGAAGCAGCAGGCAUUCUGGUGAGCAACGUGGCCCAGAAAAUGCUCCGGACCCGAAUUGGGGCCAACAACACCAGGGAGCCGGAAGAAGGAGGUGCAGCUAGCACACCUUCUCCAGAUGGAGCCCUGGCGACACUGAGCAGCAACUAACACGGCUCUGGGAUUCGGGACUGGGACACAUCCGCGCGACCUUUUCUAAAGCCUGAAAACAUACAAUCUUUUAAUGGAAAACUAAUUAUCAAAUGCUUCCUUAAUAGGGUUAUCUUGUUUGGGGGUAUAACUCCCACAACAAUAGUGAGUUUUGUGUUGAAAUAUGGAACGUAAUCAAGGUGAAGAGAAAAUGAAGUGAAAUUCAUCAGUUAUACAGUUGGGGUGGGGGGUGGGGCGUAUACCGGGGAUUUUGGUGGUGGAAUAUGGGCACUGGUGAAGGGAUGGUGUUUGA